UUUCGGUUGCCGUACAUCCUCGCCCUCAUCAGUUGACCAGUGAUCACUAUAUAUGUAAGUCCAGUCUUCCCGCACUGGUACGACGACAGACCUGGCUUGCAGGGCGUUCGCAUACACAUCAAAGCAGGGAACGCGAUGGCGGCAGGCGAUGGCGCUGCUUCAGCUUACGGCGGGGAGCUGACGUUCUCCGUGAUCAUCACCUGCCUGGUGGCGGCCUCCGGCGGCCUCAUCUUCGGCUACGACAUCGGUAUCUCAGGCGGCGUGUCCCAAAUGAAGCCGUUCCUGGAGACCUUCUUCCCCAAGGUGCUGAGGAGGAUGGCGGACGCGAAGCGGAGCCAGUACUGCAUGUUCGACAGCCACGCGCUGACCGCCUUCACUUCGUCCCUCUACAUCGCGGGGCUCGUGGCGUCUCUGUUCGCUGGCCGCGUCACGCGGUCGCUGGGCCGGCGCGGCGUGAUGCUGGUGGGCGGGGCCCUGUUCUUCGCGGGCGGCAUCAUGACCGGCGCGGCCGUGAACCUGGCCAUGCUCAUCGUGGGCCGGAUGCUGCUGGGCUUCGGCGUCGGGUUCACCAACCAGGCCACCCCGCUGUACCUCGCCGAGAUGGCCCCCGCGCAGUGGCGCGGCUCGCUCGGCGUGGCCUUCCAGUUCUUCCUCUCCCUGGGGAUACUCAUCGCCAACCUCGUCAACUACGGCACGGCGCGCGUGCAGUGGGGCUGGCGGGUCUCCCUCGGCCUGGCCGGCGCCCCGGCCGUGGUCAUGGUCGUGGGCGCCUUCUUCCUCACGGACACGCCCAGCAGCUACGUCAUGCGCGGGAAGGCGGACCUCGCCCGGGCGGCGCUCGUCCGGGUGCGCGGGCGCGGCGGGGACGUGGACGCCGAGCUCAAGGACAUCACGCGCGCCGUGGAGGCCGCGCGCAGCAGCCAGAAAGGCGGGUUCCGGAAGCUGAUCGGCAGCCGGGAGUACCGCCCGCACCUGACGUUCGCCCUGGCGCUGCCGCUGUGCCACCAGCUCAGCGGCAUGAUGGUGCUCACCUUCUUCUCGCCGCUCGUGUUCCGCAUCGCGGGAUUCGGGAGCAACGCGGCGCUCAUGGGCGCCGUCAUCCUCGCCGGGGUCAAGUUCGUCUCCCUCAUCCUCUCCACCCUCGUCAUCGACCGCUACGGCCGCAAGGUGCUCGUCAUAGCCGGCGCCGCCAUCAUGAUCGUCUGCCAGGUUGCGAAUGCGUGGAUCAUGAGGGCGCAAGGCGGCAAGAACGGGGAGGUGCCGUUGCCGCGGCCGUACGGGCUGGCUCUCCUGGUGCUGACAUGCGUGCAGGGCGCCGGGUUCGGCAUGUCGUGGGCGCCGCUGAUCUGGGUCAUCCCGGGCGAGAUCUUCCCGAUGGAGAUCCGGUCGGCGGGGCAGUCGGUGAGCGUGUCCGUCGUGCUCGGGCUCACCUUCCUGCAGACGCAGACGUUCCUCGCCCUGCUCUGCGCAUUCAAGUACGCCACUUUCGUCUACUACGCGAGCUGGGUGGCCGUCAUGACGGCCUUCGUCUUGGUCUUCCUGCCGGAGACCAAGGGCGUGCCCCUCGAGUCCAUGGGCUCCGUCUGGGAGGGCCACUGGUACUGGAGGCGCUUCGUCGGCGGCGACGGCCACCGGGUCAAAGCAUCUCCAUCCGAUGAAUGAGCAGUGGACCAACUUGCUGAAAAAAUAAACACGGUCUGUUGUACCGUCUUGCGGACGAACCUGCGACCUUGCUAUCUUUAACUAUCGGAUGACAGUGUCAGUUUUCUUUUUCAUUUGAACGCCAUGUCAUUGUCAGUUUGCUACCAAGUCACCAAGUCAAUAGUCUGUAUAUGUAUCUUGCGGAAUGAAACGUGCUGAUUAAUGUGCCA